CGUCCCAGAUGUUCCUGUCAGGGAGCACUGACGUCAUUGGUUUUCAUUGUUUUCUAAUGGAAAACUAGCGAAUUUAAACGAGCGAAAACUGAUGGAAAAACGCAUUUGCCCAAAAAACACCUCUAAAAAAAGUUGUUAGUUAAGGAUCAUCUACACGGGCAGAUAAACCCAGUACUCUUCGCUUCAAGUAAUUGUUCUAUCAAAAUUCAGCAAUCAAGUCCAGAGAUGCACAAAAAGUGUUAGUUAAAGUACAUCGUCCAGCUACCUAAUUGCAGUAGCUAGCGGAAUUAAGAAUCAGUAAUAAAUUAAAAUAGUGAAAAUGGAGAAUCCCAAACACAUCUUGCUAUUCAGUGGAAAACGUAAAUCUGGUAAAGAUUUCAUUUGUGAGAAGCUUAAAUCCAUAAUAGGAGAAGACAACUGUUGUAUAGUACGCAUAUCCGGCCCAUUGAAACAGUUAUUCGCACAAAAUCAUAAUUUGCAAAUAAAUGAAUUAAUGAGCGAUGGACCGUACAAAGAACAACACAGACUAAAUAUGAUAACUUGGAGCGACGAAAUCAGAAAGGAGGAUCCGGGUUACUUUUGCAGAGCAGCUAGCAAAUCAGCACCAACAAGAAGACUGUGGAUUGUAAGCGAUAUAAGACGAAAGACUGAUAUCAAAUGGUUUAAGGAGAAUUACAGUAAUUUGAAGCUAAUCAGAGUAUCGGCUGAUUUAAAAAUCAGAAAGGAAAGAGGAUGGAUAUUCACAACUGGGGUCGAUGAUGCCGAGUCCGAAUGCGACCUAGACGAUUUUCACUCUUGGGAUAUGGAAAUGGCAAAUAAUAAUCACGAAGAUUAUGAAAAUGCCAUCCGUACAAUUUUGAACUUAAUUUCCUAAUAUUGUUGGAUGUUUUUUAAACCUUUGGUGGCGGUACAAUACAGAAUAAAGUGACUGCGAAUGCGA